CAGGAUGAUAAUAAACAUACUGGACAAACUGCAGUUGAAUGACUUGGAGAAGGAGUUCUUGGAGCUGAGGUCUGGCAAAGAGUUUGAGUGCACAGUGGCUGUCAGGCAGAAGGAACCGCCGCAAAAAUCGGUUUAAAGAUAUUCUCCCUUAUGACCACUCCCGUGUGGUCCUGGAAAACAUCAACGGCAACGACGGCUCUGACUACAUCAACGCCAGCUACAUCAAGGGCUACAAGAAGUACAUUGCAACUCAAGGUCCGAUACAAAACACUGAAGGACGACUUCUGGCGCAUGGUGUGGCAAGAACACGUGACACAGAUCGUCAUGCUGACAAAAGACGAGACCAAAAGGAACAAAAGUGCCGCGUUCUUCAAGUACUGGCCGUCUGCAGGAGAGAAGAAGAGAUAUGACCAGGUGGAAGUGACCUGUGUGGACGAGGUCAACAAGGCUCACUUCAUCGUCAGGACCUUCUCCGUGAAACAAGACAACGAGUAUCGGCACGUGGAACAGUUCCAGUUCACUGGCUUCACGGAUCAGCAAACUCCUUCCCCAGUGUCCUUUGUCGGCUUCUGGCGGUUCGUCAACUCACGUGCUUCUCGCAAUGACACUUCACCUCCCAUCAUUCACUGCAGCGCUGGCAUUGGUCUGACUGGUGUUUACAUCGCCCUCGACAUCGUCAUGAAACACGCGGAGUUUGAGAGCGAGACCGACAUCUUUGAUGUUGUAAACAGAAUACGUUUGGACAGAUGCGGCAUGGUGAAAAGCAAGGACUAUUACCUGUAUUUACACCGGACUGUCCUCGAGGCUUGUGUCAGCCGCGGCACGUGUCUAGACAUGGCGACUUUCGAGAUGGUCUUUCCAGAACUUGUGGAGGUAGACAGUCCUAACAACCUCAUCGACAGACAAUUUCAGAACCUACGAGUUCUUCCCGAUGUGCAUCUCGACGGCUCUUAUGAAACUUUGGAGGACGAUAGAGAUGACAUUAAGAAAAUGUUAACGAUCCAAGUUGGCGGACGACGGAUUACCAUCAACGCAUGUUUCGUGCCUACCUUGCUCGAUGCCCAUGGAAUCAUAAUGACACCGCAGACAGAUUCGUGGCACACAGUCUGGAGUCUGGUUGAGGGCUACAAUAUCAAAGAUAUAGUGCUGCUGGGAAAUGUUUUGUGUGGAAAACCGGGUGCAGGUCCCUACUGGCCCACACAGACAGGAAGCAGUCUGCUGGCGGGACCUUACACAGUCUCUCUCACAGACAAACGGCAGCUGGCCACGUGUCUUACAGGCUACAGUCUCACCUGGCAGAGAAGACAAAAAUCUGGUGGAGUGCAACUUACACACUACAACGACUGGCAUGAAGACAUUCCCGUCAACACUUGCGACCUGGUGUACCUGCUAAACACCUUUACUAAGACGUUACAUGAACGGCCACGUGCUCCUGUACUUGUCCUCUGUAUGGCAGCUCUUCACCUUGACAGUGUGGCCAGGAGCUGCCUGUUCUGUGUCAUGUGUCACCUGCUGGGCCAGAUCACGCUGGACGGACAGGUGGACGUCUUCACGGCCGUCAGACACGUGCAGAGUGUCGUCGUGGACUUCAUGCUGACAGCGGAACAAUUCCGGUUUUGUUUUCAAACGGCACAACAACUGCUGACGUCAGAUAUCUACGCCAACACAAUGACGUAGUCAAAGACAGUGCACGAGCUCGUGAUUCACAGACAGAAGGCUGAACUAAGAAAGAAGAAAGAACUGAUGAUAAGGAAAAAAGAAAUACAGAAAUGCGAAGAGGAAGCAAAUAACAAGACUAUAGUGACUUUGCAGAGGACGAGGAGCAGGGAAGUAGCAACAAGUGGACAAGGGGGGAGAGGGAGGGUGUGACAAGGACCUCCACUGUGGUAACCCAUGCCAGGAGAAAUGUUUGAUCCUUAUUGUUGAGACCUUGUAGUUUAUUCGAAAUUUAAUUGGCAGCCAAUGAAGAAGUGGUUGACAUGUUCACAUUUGAAAGUCCGGAAAGAACGAAGAGCUCUGAGUUCUGGAUUUGAGAAGCUUGUCACUGAGGUUCUGUGGACAAUUAGUGACUAGGUUCUCGACACACAUCCUUGAAAUCCGUCGCGAAGUCUAGUCAUGGCUACCGAUGCAGUUGUAGACAAUGAACUUUAAGGUAGACACAACACAUAGUAACCUUCUGUCUCUUUAUCUCUCCGUAUUCCUCUAAUGUAUCUCUCUCCAGCUCCUCUCUUAUUCUCAACUCUUCAUACUAUCCCCUUCUCUUUCAAUUUAUCUCAUUUCAAAUCAAUUCAGUUUAUUCUGUAUAGAAAGUUUUGUGCGAUGAGGGUCACAGCUCUAGCACUCCCUCCUCUCUCCAUGUAGGUGUCUACCAGUGUCACAUCACAAGUUUUCUCUAUAAAGCACUGACGAGGGGAAAUGAGGACAUACUCCACUAGAGGAAAGUUUGUGCUUGUGUGUGGGUGUGCUAUCAUUUUAAUGUAAGGGAUUGUGUGUCUUGUAUACCAUGAUUGUACUUAUUUCAAUAUAUGAGUCAUGCCACAUUUUGUGAUAUGAACAGAACUUCCUUUACCAGUCCACUUUAUUUGUUGACAGGCUACAGCCUGUUCUAUAAUUGUUGUUACUAUUUCUAUUUAUGUUGUUGAUGUCGCAUUACUAUAAAUUAUGUACAGUGUACUAGCCAUCUAAAUAGUUAAUUUUAUAUGAUCACAUGCCCAAUGAAAAGAGGCUCCAGAUAAUGCGAUUCUAAUGAGACCUGAUCAGUAGUAGUUUGAUUGCUUUUUUCAUUGUCCUAUCUCUCUCUCAUUAUUUCUGAAUAAACACAUUUACCGCCUUCACUCCUUUUUAGAUUAUGAAUUCCUCUAAUGUAGUUCUCCAAUUCUUUCCUUGUGCAUAUAACACAUGGCCUUAGUGUUCAGUAAUAUUUUGCCUUUGUUGAAAUGUUUACAAAAGUGUUCACCUCUAAGUCCAGUCAUCUCAGAACAAGACAACAACAACACUUCUUAUUUCAAAUGUCUAGUAGUAUCUCGGACAGAGCAAAACAAAAGAUCAUGACAACGACUUUUCAAAUUCUCAACUUUGUCAUUGCAUGUAAUCUGAAAGAUCAUGUUUACCUCCUCACAUUCCCUUAUUAUUGUUGUUGUUGUUGUUGUUGUUGUUGUUGUUGUUGUUGUUGUUGCUGCUGCUGCUGCUGUUUCUGCUGCUGAUGCUGUCGUUACAGUAGUAGUCAGCAUAUUACGGCAAUUAUUUUAUUGUAAAUUGUAAAGUGAGUGUUUUAAUGUAAACU